CAGCCCGGCCCGGCCCGGCCGCGCUCGGGGGACCCGCGGCCGAGCGGGGCCAUGCGGGGCCGGGCUCCGCUCCGCUCCCUCCCGCUCCGGCUGCUGCUGCUGCUGCUGCUGCUGCUGGGCUCGGCGCGGGCCGCGGCCGCUGAAGCUUCUCUCCAUUUACCAGCACCAAAAAAUGUGGAGGUUCAUUCCUACAACUUCCAGAGUUUGCUGAGGUGGUCUCCUGUUCCAGUGGAGAACGGCUCGGUGUUAUACACGGCCCAUUACAAAACAUUGUUCUACGACACCUGGAGCGGGAUGGGCUGUGCACAGACCCCCCAGACGUGGUGCAGCUUCCCCCCCGAGCUGCGGCGGCGGCGGCGCUGGACGAUCCUGCUGCGGCUGCGGGCCGAGCUGGGCCCACGCGCCUCGGCGUGGGUGCACACCCCUCCCUUCGUGGCAGAGACAAACACCACUCUGGGCCCCCCCAGGGUGAACAAUGUCAGUGCCAGCCCUGACUCUCUGCUCCUCAGCGUCAGCCCCCCCUUCCCCCCUGAGCCUGGGGACCUCCUCCAGUACCUCGUGUCCUACUGGGAGAACACCACCAGUCCCACAGAAAAAAAGCUAAGUGAAAGCAAGACACUAUUCCAAAUUGGAAAUCUAAAGGAGUCAACACUUUAUUGCUUCAGCAUUCAAGUGCAGUUGAAGAUCUACUCAGGUCACUUGUUAGAAGGGCAGCAAAGUGCCCCAGAGUGUCACAGAACUGCCCUCAGUGAGGCAACCCGAGAUGGGUACCUCAUCCUGUUUCUCCUGGGGUUCGUGGUUGUAAAUCUGGUGGUGGCUGCUUUCCUGUUCCUCUGGAAACGCCGCCAAAAAAUCAAAUACUGGGCUCAGCCACCUCUGGAAAUCCCAUCCCACUUCAAGGAGUUCCUCAGGGACCCUGGCUUUGAUGGCUUGGAGGAGCUGUACAGUCCUGCUGAGGAGGAGCCCCAGGCUCUUGUGCUUGGAGAAGGAGGUGGCCAGGAGGGUGAGGAUCCUUCACCCAGCACCUCCAGGGCCAGGGCAGUGAGUGUCACCUGCCCCAGCACUGUCCAGAGGCUGCUGGCAGGAGAGUCCUGAACACAGAGCCUGGGGUCACAGGAGAAUCCUGAACACAGAGCCUGGGAUCACAGGAGAAUCCUGAACAUGGACCUGGGAUCACAGGAGAAUCCUGAACACAGAGCCUGGGAUCACAGGAGAAUCCUGAACACAGAGCCUGGGGUCACAGGAGAAUCCUGAACACAGAGCCUGGGAUCACAGGAGAAUCCUGAACAUGGACCUGGGAUCACAGGAGAAUCCUGAACACAGAGCCUGGGAUCACAGGAGAAUCCUGAACACAGAGCCUGGGGUCACAGGAGAAUCCUGAACACAGAGCCUGGGAUCACAGGAGAAUCCUGAACAUGGACCUGGGGUCACAGGAGAAUCCUGAACACAGAGCCUGGGAUCACAGGAGAGUCCUGAACAUGGACCUGGGGUCACAGGACAUUCCCUAGGGACACAGGAGAAUCCUGAACAUGGACCCUGGGAUCACAUUAGAAUCCUGAACACAGACCAUGGGAUCACAGGAGAAUCCUGAACACAGACCAUGGGAUCACAGGAGAAUCCUGAACAUGGACCCUGGGGGCACAGGAGAAUCCUGAACAUGGACCCUGGGAUCACAGGAGAAUCCUGAACAGGGACCUGGGAUCACAGGAGAAUCCUGAACACAGACCCUGGGAUCACAGGAGAAUCCUGAACAUGGACCCUGGGAUCACAGGAGAAUCCUGAACAGGGACCUGGGAUCACAGGAGAAUCCUGAACACAGACCCUGGGAUCACAGGAGAAUCCUGAACAUGGACCCUGGGAUCACAGGAGAAUCCUGAACACAGAGCCUGGGAUCACAGGAGAAUCCUGAACAUGGACCUGGGGUCACAGGAGAAUCCUGAACAUGGACCCUGGGGGCACAGGAGAAUCCUGAACACAGAGCCUGGGAUCACAGGAGAAUCCUGAACAUGGACAUGGGAUCACAGGAGAAUCCCUGGGGUCACAGGACCAUUCUGAACACAGACUCUGGGAUCACAGGACAUUCCCUGGGGUCACAGGAGAAUCCUGAACACAGAGCCUGGGCUCACAGGACAUUCCCUGGGGUCCCAGGACAUUCCCUGGGCUCACAGGACCAUCCUGAACACACACCCUGAUGCUCCAGGGGCCUCUGCCCAGCUCCCCCAGCUCCUCGCUCUGCCCAAAGCGCUGGGAAGAGGGAACGUGGAAGGGGAAGGAAAGGAACACUAAAUUGCCUGGAGACAGGUGGAUAAAAGGGGUGAAUCCCCACCCCAGCUUGGAGGAAUAACUGCACUUUAUUGUUGUGGGAUAACCUGGGAUCUUCCAGGGAGUGAAGAGCUGCAAUUCCAUUUAUGCUGGUUUUGUUUCUGUUGCCAAUAAUACUCCCAUCACACCCACCCCAGCCUGCUUUCCUGAUUCAUUUUAAGUGCAGGACAAACUAAAAAGAUAUGUGUGGGUACUUUCCUCGGGAUGAACCUGUGCCAGGAGCCCCUCCCAGAGAGCUCUGCUCUUAUCUGCCUCCUCCCACCCUCCUGGAAGCAUUAAUCUGCUGCUGCAGCCCGGCCAGGGCCCUGCACACCACAAAAGCCCCAAAAGGAAUUUUGCCUCGGGUUUUUCCAAUGUGUAUCAGUCACUAUCAGACACUAAAACCUCUUGCUGAGCACCAGCAGAAGGGAAGGUGACUGAGAGUUCUGAUUUUAGUGCCUUAAAGCAGAAGAGCCCAGGUUAAACCCCACAUCAGCCCCUGUGGGGUCUGGAGUGUCCAAUAAAGCACAAAGAACAAGUGAACCUCUUCUGUACUAAAAAAAAAAAAAAAUGGGGUUAUUUGAUUUUUUUCCCCCUGGGUUUGAUACUAAUUGUUUAAAAAAACAAUUAAAAAAGUGGGGGGUUUUUUUGGAAGUGCCUGGUUGGAGGGCCCUGGCAGAGCUGAGGUGCCCCAGCCUUUACAGGAACAGCCCAGGCCAGCAGCUGCCAAAAGCUUCAGCAGGUGUUUCCUUGCAGAACAGAUCUAAUCCCUUGGGAUCAGGCUGCUGACAGGGGAGCUCCAGGGAAGCCUGACUCGUGUAGGCAUUGCCAGGUCAGCACCAGGUUUGCUUUAAUCACCCACACCCACAGCUCAGAAAAAGGAACCACCAAACUCAGCCAGAGGACAGAAACAAGGUUAAAACCCCCUGGGAGUAUCUGUGUGUAUUCCUGAAUAAACCCUGCACUGGACUUGUAUCAGGGAGUGUGGUGUUAAAUAUUUUUACACAAACAAUUAAAAAGCAUUUAGUGGGAGUAGCUCCAGGGUUGCUGUCACUGAGCCCUCCCUGUCCCCUUGGCUUGUGAGGUGUAAAAGUGCCCUGUGGCAGUGGGAGCCAUUCCCUGGCUCCUGUCCCUCCAGGCCUUGUCCCCAGUCCCUCUGCAGCUCUCCUGGAGCCCCUUCAGGCCCUGCCAGGGGCUCUGAGCUCUCCCUGGAGCUUCUCCUCUCCAGGUGAGCACCCCCAGCUCUCCCAGCCUGGCUUGCACGUUUGAGUUGCAAGUCCAGGCUCAAGCUCCUGGCACUGGGAGUAGUUCCAGGGAUUAGUUCCAGGCCUGACCUCCUAAAGAACCCAACAAACAUUCCCAAGCUCCUGGGCAAGCAACCUGAGAGGCCUGGACCACAGCCUGCCUUUACUGUGUGGGGCAGGCCUUGUGCAAAGGUGAGCUGCUGUACAAAAUUCACUGUUUGGAGCACCUGAGUUCACUUUUACUGCAGCUUUCUGGAAUUCCAAGCAGUGGGAUGGGCUUCCUGCAGCCAGGGCACAAGGGCAGCUCCGAACUGGCCCCAGCUCCUGCCCCUGCAGCAAUUCCCACCCAGAGCAGGUGACAAACAGUUCCCAGUUCCCAGCACAGCAUUUCCACUCAGCUCCUGACACCACCGAGGCAGCAGCUUGGAUAUGGGGAGGCUGUAGAAGCCUUGGGAGCCAGGGGAGAGGCAAAUGCUGUAAAAACCACAGAGAACUCGUGAGAAGGACUCACCCCAGCAAAUGGAUCUACAGGGACACUCCAGGGACAUCAAACAUCCUCAGCCUCACUUUCUGUUUCACCCCACUGAGAUGAAACUGGAUUUCAAUAAUUCAUUAAUGGAAACGGCCAUAAAAUGUAAGAGAUAAAUAAAUUUUAACUGGGGCAGUAGCAGCCCUAAAACUGGGUGUGAGUCACUGCUAGAAUUUACUGAAAUUUGAAAUUAUUACAAGGUUGGACUGAGCAUUAAAUCCAUCCAUAUCCCACAUCCUUUUAAGCAGAGAGGGAACAAGUCAGGAAAACUCAUUUAUCAGCAAACAAGCUUCCCUGGAGACAGUGACACUUGCCCAAUUAGCCAGGUUGCUACAUUGCUCUGACUCAUUUAUUCUUUAUAUCAAGUACAACUGGCGUCAGUUUGUUGGAGUUUUUUUAUUCUAAUAUCAGGAAAUACAUUAAAUACCAACUGGUAUCUCUUACACUGAGCAGCAUGAAAUUAAUUCCAAGGACUGUGGUGCCAGCAAAUGUCCUUUGUGCCAGAGCCAUCACGAGUCAGGAACACUUUGCUUUGCCAUGCACAACCUGCUGAGUGUAGGGACUUGCUUAAAAACCCAUAACCUUUUACCAAAAGAAGAAAAAAAAAAAUCUAUUUUAUAUUUACCUGAACAAUAAUAUAAAAUGUUUAAAAUCAGCUCUUAUCCCAGCAGGGCCCCUGCUCUGGGAUGGGCUCUGUCCUGUUUGCUCACUAAGUGUUCCCUGAAGCCCCGGACACGGGUGGAGCUUUGGAAGAGGAGGAAGCUGAUGGCAAGGCAGGGAUGUGGAGGAGAAAGCCUGGAGCUUGCAGCAGGAAAGCCUGGCAGCCUGCCAUUCCCUUUGAAAUGAUGGGUGCUGUCCUAUGCACAUAUCCACAAGCGUGUCCUGGCCACGGAGGAGCUUCGGACAGAGCCUGCAAUUGUCUCACUUCCACCAGUUUGGGAAGCAAACCAAGGACAAAGGACUGGGAAUUAUCUACAGACAAGAACCACAUGGCAACUAUGGACCGAGCCAGCAGGGAGCUCAGCCCCACAGCUCUUCUGUUCUCCCAAACUUGUAGAUCAGGGUGCUGA